CAAAAUUUGAGUCUAUGAUUAGUUGUUAACGUCAAAAUGGCAGCAACGGAGUCGAAGGCUCCGGUGCGCACUGUUAAAAGAGUACAAUUUGGAAUUUUAUCGCCAGAUGAAAUUCGUCGCAUGUCCGUCACGGAGGGAGGCAUCCGCUUCUCGGAGACGUAUGAGGGCGGGCGUCCCAAGCUGGGGGGGCUGAUGGACCCCCGCCAGGGCGUGAUCGACCGCAACUCUCGCUGCCAGACAUGUGCAGGCAACCAGACGGAGUGCUCGGGCCACUUUGGGCACAUAAACCUGGCGAAGCCCGUGUUCCAUGUCGGCUUCCUCACCAAGACCAUCAAGAUCUUGCGCUGCGUCUGCUUCUACUGCUCCAAGCUGCUCGUCAGCCCGACAAACCCCAAAAUCAAGGAGGUUGUGAUGAAGUCCAAAGGACAGCCGAGGAAGAGGCUGACGUUCGUGUACGACCUGUGCAAGGGCAAGAACAUCUGUGAGGGUGGAGAUGAGAUGGACAUCCAGAAGGAGGAUGACCCCAGCAAUCCCCAGCCGCGCAAGGCGGGCCACGGCGGCUGCGGCCGCUACCAGCCCUCCAUCCGGCGCGCCGGCCUGGACCUCACGGCCGAGUGGAAGCACGUGAACGAGGACUCGCAGGAGAAGAAGAUCUGCCUGAGCGCGGAGCGGGUGUGGGAGAUCCUGCGCCACAUCACGGACGAGGAGUGCUUCAUCCUGGGCAUGGACCCCAAGUUCGCGCGCCCCGACUGGAUGCUGGUGACGGUGCUGCCCGUGCCGCCGCUGUGCGUGCGGCCGGCCGUGGUGAUGUACGGCUCGGCCCGCAACCAGGACGACCUCACGCACAAGCUGUCGGACAUCAUCAAGUCCAACAACGAGCUGGUGCGCAACGAGCAGGCGGGCGCCGCCGCCCACGUCAUCGCCGACAACAUCAAGAUGCUGCAGUUCCACGUGGCCACGCUGGUGGACAACGACAUGCCCGGCCUUCCCAGGGCGAUGCAGAAGUCGGGCAAGCCGCUAAAGGCCAUCAAGGCCCGGCUGAAGGGGAAGGAGGGCCGCAUCAGGGGCAACCUGAUGGGCAAGCGAGUGGACUUCUCGGCUCGCACCGUCAUCACCCCGGACCCCAACCUGCGCAUCGACCAGGUGGGCGUGCCUCGCUCCAUCGCUCAGAACAUGACCUUCCCCGAGAUCGUCACGCCUUUCAACAUCGACAAGAUGCAGGAGCUGGUGCGGCGGGGCAACGCGCAGUACCCGGGAGCCAAGUACAUAGUGCGGGACAACGGGGAGCGGAUAGACCUGCGCUUCCACCCCAAGUCGUCGGACCUGCACCUGCAGUGCGGCUACAAGGUGGAGCGCCACAUCCGCGACGGGGACCUGGUGAUCUUCAACCGCCAGCCCACCCUGCACAAGAUGAGCAUGAUGGGCCACCGCGUCAAGGUGCUGCCCUGGUCCACCUUCCGCAUGAACCUCAGCUGCACGUCCCCGUACAACGCAGACUUCGACGGAGACGAGAUGAACCUCCACGUGCCUCAGUCGAUGGAGACGCGCGCAGAGGUGGAGAACAUCCACGUCACUCCGCGCCAGAUCAUCACGCCACAAGCCAACAAGCCGGUCAUGGGCAUCGUGCAGGACACGCUCACUGCCGUCCGGAAGAUGACGAAGCGCGACGUCUUCCUCGAGAAGGAGCAGAUGAUGAACCUGCUGAUGUUCCUGCCCAUCUGGGACGGCAAGAUGCCGCAGCCGGCCAUCCUCAAGCCGAAGCCCAUGUGGACCGGCAAGCAGGUGUUCUCCCUCAUCAUCCCUGGCAACGUCAACAUGAUCCGCACACACUCCACUCACCCGGACGAGGAGGAUGACGGGCCCUACCGCUGGAUCUCUCCGGGGGACACUAAGGUGAUGGUGGAACACGGCGAGCUGGUGAUGGGCAUCCUGUGCAAGAAGACGCUGGGGGCGUCGGCGGCAUCGCUGCUGCACAUCUGCUUCCUGGAGCUGGGCCACGAGGUGUGCGGCCAGUUCUACGGCAACAUCCAGACGGUGGUGAACAACUGGCUGCUGCUGGAGGGGCACUCCAUAGGCAUCGGCGACACCAUCGCCGAUCCGCAGACCUACGUGGAGAUCCAGCGCGCCAUCAAGAAGGCCAAGGAGGACGUGAUAGAGGUCAUCCACAAGGCCCACAACAUGGAGCUGGAGCCCACGCCGGGCAACACGCUGCGCCAGACCUUCGAGAACCAGGUCAACAGGAUACUGAACGACGCUCGAGACAAGACAGGAGGCUCCGCCAAGAAGUCCUUGACAGAGUACAACAACCUGAAAGCCAUGGUGGUGGCUGGUUCUAAGGGAUCCAACAUUAAUAUUUCUCAGGUUAUUGCAUGUGUGGGUCAGCAAAACGUUGAAGGAAAAAGAAUUCCCUUUGGUUUUCGCAAGAGAACUCUACCACACUUCAUCAAGGACGACUACGGUCCUGAGUCGAGGGGCUUCGUUGAGAACUCGUACUUGGCUGGCCUGACUCCUUCUGAGUUCUACUUCCACGCCAUGGGCGGCAGGGAGGGUCUCAUCGACACUGCGGUGAAGACAGCGGAGACAGGCUACAUCCAGCGGCGACUCAUCAAGGCCAUGGAGUCGGUGAUGGUGCACUACGACGGCACGGUGCGCAACUCGGUGGGGCAGCUGAUCCAGCUGCGCUACGGGGAGGACGGGCUGUGCGGAGAGUCCGUGGAGUUUCAAAACCUGCCCACCGUCAAGCUGUCCAACCGCUCCUUCGAGAAGAAGUUCAAGUUCGACCCCAGCAACGAGAGGCAUCUGCGACGCAUCUUCUCGGAGGAGGUGUUGCGGGAGCUGCUGGGAAGCAACGACGUCAUCUCGGAGCUGGACCGCGAGUGGGAGCAGCUGUGCAAGGACCGGGAGAUGCUGCGACAGAUCUUCCCCAGCGGCGAGAGCAAGGUGGUGCUGCCCUGCAACCUGCAGCGCAUGAUCUGGAACGUGCAGAAGAUCUUCCACAUCAACAAGCGCGCCCCCACCGACCUCAGCCCCCUCAAGGUCAUUCAAGGCGUGAGCAACCUGCUGAAGAAGUGCGUGAUAGUGGCCGGCGACGACCACCUCAGCAGGCAGGCCAACGAGAACGCCACGCUGCUGUUCCAGUGCCUGGUGCGCUCCACCCUCUGCACCAAGUGUGUGUCCGAGGAGUUCCGACUGUCCUCCGAGGCCUUCGAGUGGCUCAUCGGGGAGAUCGAGACACGCUUCCAGCAGGCCCAGUGCAGUCCCGGGGAGAUGGUGGGGGCGCUGGCCGCACAGUCGCUGGGGGAGCCCGCCACCCAGAUGACGCUCAACACCUUCCACUUCGCGGGGGUGUCGUCCAAGAACGUGACGCUGGGCGUGCCCCGGCUCAAGGAGAUCAUCAACAUCAGCAAGAAGCCCAAGGCCCCGUCCCUCACCGUGUUCCUCACCGGCGCCGCCGCGCGCGACGCGGAGAAGGCCAAGAACGUGCUGUGUCGCCUGGAGCACACCACACUGCGCAAGGUGACUGCCAACACGGCCAUCUACUACGACCCAGAUCCCCAGAACACCGUCAUAGCGGAGGACCAGGAGUUUGUGAAUGUGUACUACGAGAUGCCCGACUUCGACCCCACCCGGAUAUCCCCGUGGCUGCUGCGCAUUGAGCUGGACCGCAAGAGGAUGACUGACAAGAAGCUGACGAUGGAGCAGAUAGCGGAGAAGAUCAACGCGGGGUUCGGGGACGACCUGAACUGCAUCUUCAACGACGACAAUGCGGAGAAGCUGGUGCUGCGCAUCCGCAUCAUGAACAGCGACGACAACAAGUUCCAGGAGGAGGAGGAGGAGAUGGUGGACAAGAUGGAGGACGACAUGUUCCUGCGCUGCAUCGAGGCGAACAUGCUGAGCGACAUGACGCUGCAGGGCAUCGAGGCCAUCAGCAAGGUGUACAUGCACCUGCCGCAGACGGACGCCAAGAAGCGCAUCGUGGUCACUGACUCGGGCGAGUUCAAGGCCAUCGCCGAGUGGCUGCUGGAGACGGACGGCACCAGCAUGAUGAAGGUGCUGAGCGAGCGGGACGUGGACCCCGUGCGCACCUUUAGCAACGACAUCUGCGAGAUAUUCUCCGUGCUGGGCAUCGAGGCGGUGCGCAAGUCCGUGGAGAAGGAGAUGAACACCGUGCUGAACUUCUACGGCCUGUACGUGAACUACCGCCACCUGGCGCUGCUGUGCGACGUGAUGACGGCCAAGGGCCACCUCAUGGCCAUCACGCGACACGGCAUCAACCGACAGGACACGGGCGCGCUGAUGAGGUGCUCCUUCGAGGAGACUGUGGACGUGCUGAUGGACGCGGCGUCCCACGCAGAGGUGGACCCCAUGAGAGGCGUGUCGGAGAACAUCAUCAUGGGCCAGCUGCCCCGCCUCGGCACAGGAGCGUUCGACCUGCUACUGGAUGCAGAGAAGUGCAAGGCUGGCAUAGAGAUACCCAUGAGCGUCGGGGCAGGCAUGAUGGGAGGAGCAGGCAUGUUCUUCGGCAGUGCUGCCACUCCCUCCAUGAGCCCUCACCUGACACCCUGGACCCAGGGCGCCACCCCAGCAUACGGCAGCAUCUGGUCGCCCGGCAACGUGCUGGGCAGCGGCAUGACGCCCGGAGGACCCAGCUUCUCCCCGUCCGGAGCCAGCGACGCCAGCGGCAUGUCUCCGGGAUACUCUCCGUGGUCCCCACAGCCCGGCAGUCCCUCCUCCCCCGGCUCCGCGAUGACACCCUACAUUCCCAGCCCCGUGGGCGGCAUGUCUCCCAGCUACUCUCCUUCCAGUCCCAUGUACGCUCCGUCUUCACCGAGCCUCACGCCGGCCAGCCCCAACUACAGUCCCACCUCGCCCUCCUACAGUCCCACGUCUCCCAACUACUCCCCCACAUCACCUUCCUACUCCCCCACAUCACCUUCUUACUCACCAACCUCACCGUCGUACUCUCCCACAUCUCCUUCAUACUCGCCCACAUCACCGUCGUACUCACCGACCAGCCCGAGCUAUUCUCCGACCAGUCCUUCGUACUCUCCCACGUCUCCGUCCUACAGCCCCACAUCUCCCAGCUACUCACCGACAUCUCCUUCCUACUCCCCCACUUCCCCUUCCUACUCCCCUACUUCUCCAUCUUAUUCUCCAACCUCACCUUCGUACUCUCCAACCUCACCUUCGUACUCUCCUACCUCACCAUCGUACUCACCGACCAGCCCGAGCUACUCCCCCAGCUCACCUAACUACAGCCCUGCCUCUCCAUCCUACAGCCCCACAUCCCCCUCAUACUCACCCAGCUCACCGCAGUACUCACCAGCAAGUCCUUCCUACUCGCCCAGCUCCCCCAAGUACUCCCCCACCUCACCCUCCUACUCCCCCACCUCUCCCUCCUUCGUCAGCUCCUCCCCGCAGUACACGCCGGCCUCUCCGCAGUACUCCCCCACCUCCCCGUCAUACUCGCCCUCGUCGCCCUCGUACUCACCCAGCUCGCCCCAGCACACCCCGGGGGCUUCCACUCGCUACUCCCCCACGUCACCCAACUACUCACCCACCUCGCCAUCCUACUCUCCCACCAGCCCGCAGUACUCUCCCUCCACCUCCACCAAGUACUCCCCCACCUCACCGACCUACACCCCCACCUCUCCCAACUACAGCCCCUCGUCGCCCACCUACUCCCCGGCCCAGCCCAGCUACUCGCCCACCUCGCCCACCUACUCGCCCACCUCCCCGGCGUACGAGCCCGGCGACUGAGGUGGUGAUGUGUGGUGUAGAAUGCGUACAGGCAUUCAUGUUUCUCCGCACUCCAGUGAUCAGUGCAACCAAGUGGAACGGCAGACAUAAACUGUUUUUUAAUAGUUUUAUAUGUACUUGUAGCUAUAGCGCAGUGCACAGUCCGGUGUACUCAAAAUGUACAUUUCAUUUGAUUUCUUUCUUACAAGUAAGUCAAAUGAGGAAACAUUUCUUUGUUAAUUUUAUUUAUGGUAUGUGUAUAUGGUAAUUCAGAAUAUUGAUUCAUGUGUAUAAUGUAUUAUUUUUAUUUUCAUGAAACAAAAUGUAAAAUAGUUUGUUUUUACCAAAUAAAAAUUGUAAAAUUGAA